AUGUGCCCCCACCCUCUGUCUACCCGCAGGUCCCUGGCCCUGGGCCAGCAGUACACAUCCCUGGGCUCACAGCCCCUGCUCUGCGGCUCCAUCCCAGGCCUGGUCCCCAAGCAACUGCGCUUCUGCCGGAAUUACAUCGAAAUCAUGCCCAGCGUGGCCGAGGGCGUGAAGCUGGGCAUCCAGGAGUGCCAGCACCAGUUCCGGGGCCGCCGCUGGAACUGCACCACCAUAGACGACAGCCUGGCCAUCUUCGGGCCCGUCCUGGACAAAGCCACCCGCGAGUCGGCCUUCGUGCACGCCAUCGCCUCUGCCGGCGUGGCCUUCGCCGUCACGCGCUCCUGUGCCGAGGGCACCUCCACCAUCUGCGGCUGCGACUCGCACCACAAGGGGCCACCUGGCGAGGGCUGGAAGUGGGGCGGCUGCAGCGAGGACGCCGACUUCGGGGUGCUCGUGUCCCGGGAGUUCGCGGACGCGCGCGAGAACAGGCCGGACGCGCGCUCGGCCAUGAACAAGCACAACAACGAGGCGGGCCGCACGACCAUCCUGGACCACAUGCACCUCAAAUGCAAGUGCCACGGGCUGUCGGGCAGCUGUGAGGUCAAGACCUGCUGGUGGGCCCAACCCGACUUCCGCGCUAUCGGCGACUUCCUCAAGGACAAGUACGACAGUGCCUCGGAGAUGGUGGUGGAGAAGCACCGCGAAUCCCGCGGCUGGGUGGAGACCCUCCGCGCCAAGUACGCGCUGUUCAAGCCGCCCACCGAGAGGGACCUGGUCUACUACGAGAACUCCCCCAACUUCUGCGAGCCCAACCCCGAGACGGGCUCCUUUGGCACCAGGGACCGGACUUGCAAUGUCACUUCCCACGGCAUCGAUGGCUGCGACCUGCUGUGCUGUGGCCGCGGCCACAACACGAGGACGGAGAAGCGGAAGGAGAAAUGCCACUGCAUCUUCCACUGGUGCUGCUACGUGAGCUGCCAGGAGUGCAUCCGCAUCUACGAUGUGCACACCUGCAAGUAGGGAGCCAGGGCACUGGGAACGGGUGAAGUGUGUGGCUGGGCAGAUUCACCGAAGUCCCAUGGGAAGCAGGACCUGGAGCCGGGCUCAGCGCUCAGCACCAGGCAGCAAGGAACCCGGACUGUUGCCAGACGCCCGUGCGGUAAAUGACCUGGACCUGUGCCGCCCGCUGCCGGGGAGGCCUCCCUCGCCCUCUCUCUUGAGUUUCUCACCCUGCUCUGGAUGGUGUGUGGUUUUUAAAGAAGGGGCUUUCUUUUUAGUUCUCUAGGGUCUGAUAGGAACAGACCCCAGGCUUAUCUUUGCACAUGUUAAAGAAAAUAAAAAUGGAAAAAAAAAUUCUACUCCGACAGAACAGGCUGGGCUGCCAUGAGCUCUCUGCCUGGUGGUGAAGAACUCAGCACGGGCAGGAUUGUUUCCAGACGCUUCUUCUGGUGACAUGCCAAGAUGCCUGUGAGGUGGGAGUUAGGAAGUAGGACAGACCCCUGCAGUCUCCUUUUCUUGGUCUCCUCCUGCUCAGAUCUGAUAGACUUCCACAUUCGGACAAAAGCCAUAGGUGUAGCUAGGAUCAAGUGGGAGGGAGGCCCAAGGCAAUUGUGGGAGUAGGAUUGGGAGUUUUGAAGAACCAGGAGCGCUGGGCGGCCUGGGAAGCUGUUUGAAGAGCGGCUGUGUGUUCUGCUCAGUCUCGUUUCCUCUGUCAGCCUGUUCUGCGCCAGAGGCUCUUAGGAACUGCAGUCAGAGCUCCCAGUCUCUGUUGUCCUUCUGUGGUGUCUACCAGGAACGCAGCGCGGGGUGUUUUGGCUUUUUUUUUGUUUUUUCUUUUUUUUUUUAAGAGGACGAAACGAUGUAAAUAGGUUAUGUUUAGGGGUGGUGAGCCUUCUGCAGCUCCAAUGGUUUCCUAAAGAGAGAAGUGGUAUCUUUAGAAGGGGCCAUUCAGUCCCUCCCGGCCCUGCUCACCUGCCGAUUCCCCACGAAAACAACUCCAGGUAGAGCAGUUUGGAGUUCAGGUUACCUCAGUAGAAAUCAGACAAAGGGUCAGAGAGAGAGUAGCGGUCGAUUCCUGAAGUCCCAACUUGGUGACUUGUAGCUAGGGAGGAUAAAAACGGUUCCUUCGUUUCUGCUCUGAUAAAGACACAUCUUCUGGCUUCCUUUCCCUGCUUUGGCCUGUGCGGGUAAAAGAGAAACACACACCUGCUGGCCUCACCUGUGUGCAGAGAGCAUGCCAGUCCACGCAGUUCCCAAGGAUCAGGAGGAGGUGUUCGAAGGAGGGCAAGCAGCCUCUCCCAGCUGAGCUCCCCUUGCUCCAGGCGGGUCCUCUCGAGGGUCCUGAACGGAGGCCAGCAGAUCGGAUGGCACGAGCCAAGGCCACAGCUCUGUCCUAGGGAGAAUCAGCAAGAAGAGAGGCAGCGGGGGUAGAGACGAGAACAAGGUUGUUUCUUCCUUUACUCCCUUCUCUCUUUGGUCUGCCUCACACUGACCUCAGCUACCGGGGCAAGUGAUCUUCCUGCUUGCUCAGGCAGGCUUGCCAAGACCAUCUAGAAGCCAUGCCCGCACUCUUGAUUCUGCUGGCAACGAGCCCGGCUAAAGAUACACAUCCCAUCCCCCUCUCCAGAGAGUCCGAAAUGCCCCUCCCCAUCUCACCUUAGACUGAAAAGUUUUCAAUCAUGUCAACCGGAUAAUGCUUGCUUUAUGUGAGAAUUAUUUCAGCAGAAUGGAUACAAAUUUUCAGAACAGUCUUUUCAUAUCUAUGUAUUCUAUAUUAAAAGUGAUAAAGUCAUGUUUCUGGGGCGUAUUCAAGUAGCCGACAAGUAAUUAUUUAAUAAUAGUACACUGAGCGCAUUGUAAUUAUUCUCGCCGUAGUCAGGUAAUAGUAUCCAACAGAAAUUUCCUACCGAUCUGCUGUAUCCAAAGUUUUGUAAA